AUGGCAAGCCACCGAUGUCGCCCCACGAGCGCCGCCGAAGCAACAGAGCGCAAUGUGUGCGGCGCCAUCGCCAGCGACAAAACCCUGGCAGAUGCGCUGAGCGCGACGAGUAUCGAGGGCAGCGAGGUGGCCAUUCAAGCCAUCCGUAGCACACGCGAGAAGGCGGUGGCGAUCGCAAUCCACAGUGUGCGGCCGACGCGUGACAUGUAUUUGGCCUUCUUGAUGGACACGACAGGCAGCAUGGGACGGCAUAUCCUGUCGGUGAAACAGCAGAUUUCGGCGCUGGUGGCGUCGAUAGCCGGCCUCGGACCACCACACACUUUCGUCGCGUUUGUCGGGUACAAGGACCACUGCGACGGCGCCGACCGCAUCGACGUGCUACCGUUUACGACGGACGUGGCGUACUUUGAACGGCAUGUUCAGUCUGUCCAAGCGAAAGGCGGCGGGGACGUCCCCGAAGACGUCUUAGGAGGGCUGUUUGCUGCCGUGUCGCAGCUUCCGUGGCCGCAGGACACCACGAACGUCCUGUUCCACAUUGGAGAUGCGCCGCCUCAUGGCCGCCGGUUCUACCACGGCCGCGACUCGUACCCUGACGGCCACAAGAGCGACAAGCCCCUCCAUGUCUUGUUUGGCUUGCUCGGUGCAUUGAAGAUUCAAUACCAAUUUGGCCAAGUCGACGAGGCCAGCACUAGGGAGAUGGUCGCGGCAUUUCAAGCGGCAUGCCUUGAUGCUGGCGUGCCGAUGGCAGUAUUUGACGUGACUGACCCCGUGCACAUUGCGGCGAGUGUGUCGUCGGGGGCGGCUAUGUCCACUCGCCUCAGUAGCGUCGCAAGUGAGGAGCAUGCCAGCGCAGGGCGAGUCGGGUCCACCUCGGGUGGACUUGCGCCCGAGUUACCUCGACGACGAAGCAUGAUGUUCUGUCCGCAUCCACCCAACUGGUCGACGCUGGCGUUGGUCAGAGCGUCAGUAGUGUCGUACGUGCCCCCCACCGACGUGGACAGCCUCGUCGCCGGCACCAUGGAUACGAUGGUUCGCCCCAUCACGCUGCGGGUGGCCCCCCAUCCGUUUGCCUUUGGGUCGGACCGCGUGGUGUACUUCGCCCAAGAGUAUCACAAGCUGAGUGUGGCGACUGCAUCCACCGAGUCGUCGAUGACUACGAGCUUCUCGAGUUGGACCGAUGUGGCGCACGGAUCGACGUCGGCAACCGAGGCGGCGUAUACGUAUCAAGUUGAAGACAUGGUGGCCAAGUCGUUUUUGGACGGGAACGCAGACAUGUGUGGAGGGGCGGCCGAGGGCUGCCGCUACAUGCAAGCGAUGGAGUGCCAAGUGGCCGCCGCUUUUUUAGCUCGGCAAUUCAAUCGUGAAGCGAAUCCACCGAUCAAGAUAUGCUUUAUGAAGGCCAAAGUCGUGCGACUUUCCCCGUCGACGGGGGACGCGUGUGUGUUUUAUGGAUGGGAAAAGCGUCUGCCUCGGUCCGACGCGAUCAAGCUAACCAACAACGUUGGAUAUGUGUGCGACGUCGCAUCGGCGGCGGAUGCGGUCAAUGUGGCUAUGGCAUUUUCCCACUGGACGUGGCAAGUGACCAAGAAAAAGCUGAUGGUGGUCGACCUCCAAGGUUGCCGCACAACCCACGGACUGGUCUUGACCGAUCCAGCUGUGCACUGCGUCGAUUUGGAGCGGUACAACUGCGCCACCAACUUGGGCCGCCGGGGCAUGGACACUUUCUUUGCGUCGCACCAGUGCAAGUCCAUCUGCCAUUCGCUGCAGCUCGCGAUGCCGUAG